GGCUCCAGGUUUGCACAGAAGCUUUGCUGGUGGCUUGUUCUCCGAACCUAUCGAGGCAACCCUGACCCUGAACCGACAUGGGGAAGCUGAAUUUUUAUGUCCUGUGGUCGCUGCGUGACGCCCCCCGCCAGUUCAUUAGCAAAUCCAACCGAAGGUGCUUUCAAGUCCACAUGCCGCUGCCUCUUCCCAGGCAGCUGGUUAUCUUUGGUCUUGGAGAAUGGGAAUGCACUGAGACAACUAUCGCAGUAGAGGUUCUGGUCAGUGCGGAAGUACCGGCCCAAAAAAUUGGGACCCUGUCGGCGCAAGCAAGGUGCCUGACCUGGGAGGGUGACUGGAGCGCUGACAUUGUCACAGUGGCAGCAGAGAGAGGCAGGAGGGGAGUUUAUGGCAAGAUUGUGCUGACAGUGUGUGGAGAGCCACAGGAUGAAGCCAGUACUCCUAUGCUUCAAAGGAAAUUUCUGUUCCCAGACGAGCACAAUGCCAAUGAUCUCUCUUGCACAUUACACCAAAGCGCUGGAAAUGAAACUAUAACUACCAACUCCUCACACUUGGGUGAUAGUGUUUUCUAUGCUGAGAUCCAAGUAAAUAAAUGUGACGCCGGUGAUUUAACUAUGGGAAAUAAAGCCCCAGUUUGGCCUACGGAAAAGACACCCAGACGGACGGUUAUCAGUAAGAGGGGCCACCUGACAUGGAGCUCCGAGGACAUGGACAGUCCCGCUGAGGACAUAGACCAGGCUUCAACCCCCAAGAAAAGGAGGCUGUCCAGAAUGAACAGCCAAGAAGAAAUGGCUGUGCAGAUAAAGAAUGUGAACAGAGAAGUUUCAGUGUGUCCAUCAAAGCGCUGGAGCCACACGAUGUGUCUGAGCGACCCUGACACGGCCAUCCUCAUCGGAGGGGAGACCACAGAUCAAAACUACUGCGAAGACUCCCUGUGGAAGCUCGAGUUAGACAGUGACUUCUGGUUCCCCAUGAACUCCUCUGCUUCUGGACCCGUACCACUAUGUGCCCGAGGACACUCUGCGACCUAUGACCCAGACUCUAAGUCAGUCUACGUUUACGGUGGCCUGAGGGAGGGUCAGUGCUACAGCGAGCUGUACAUCCUCAAUACUCUGACCUGGAAGUGGAAGCUUGUCUCUGCGAGAGGAAAUGUUCCAAAUUUGGCAUAUCACUCUGCAGCCUUUUAUAAGAAAGAGCUUUUUGUCUUUGGUGGAGUUCAGCCGAGCCAUUCGUCUGGGGAUAAAUCCUGCAGUAACGCUCUGUACAUCUUUAGCCCUCAGUAUGAACUCUGGUACCAGCCGAUUGUGGAGGGGGACAGACCUCUGCCUCGGUUUGGACACUCAGCCACACUGAUGUCCCAGAGGUUAUUCAUAUUUGGUGGACGUAAGACUGCUACCUAUCUUAAUGAUCUCCAUGUUCUAGAUCUGGGAUUCAUGGAGUACACAGCUGUGAAGUGUGGGAACAUGCCACCACUGCCUCGAGGGUUUCAUGCAGCUCUACCGGUUUCAGACAACAGGAUUUUAGUCAGUGGAGGUUGCAGUGCAAUUGGAGCCCUGCAGGAUUUACAUAUUUUCAACACUGACACCACCAUGUGGAGCUCAGUGGUGUCUCCACUGCUUUGCACCAAACCUCGUGCGGGACACAGCAUGGUCCAAUUGGGCUGCUCCACCCUAACAGACGCUGGGAAGUGUGAACAGGGCGAAAAUGUCGGUGCCCACUGCACAUUGCUGGUGUUUGGUGGGUCCGACUGCUCUGGUGCCUUCUACAAUGACACAGUGAAGUGCACAGUGGAUGUUCCUGGUGACAAGUGAUGGAUUCAAAAGAGAAGGAAUCCAAACAGGACACUAUUUUUUUUUUUUUUUUUUCCUAAUUGGUGUUGAUGGUGUGAACUGUCAUGAUAAUAUGCAUGUGUAUCUGUACCGUUAUUUUUCUACUUGGUUGUUUGUCUUGAUAUGUUAAUAUACUUUUUGUAUGAUGUAUUCUGCAGCUAGUGUAGCUUCCUUAGUUAUUCCUUUUUGAGUCUCUUAAUAACUAUCAAUAUUUCCUCCACACAGGCAAUAUGCUGGAAACAGUGAGCUGAGAGGUUUUGCACUUUGCAUAACAAAUCUCUGAUCUGCAUGUUUUACACAUUGCUGUGUGUGUGUGUGAGUGAGUGAAUAAAGUCAAAAUGCUAAUAUUUUUAA